AUGCUGGGGGGACAGCGGAUCAGGGGCGUCCUGAGGAUCCCCCCGCCCCGCGUACCUGCCUGCGGCACGGGCGGCCCGGGGGUCCUCUGUUCCUGCUCGGUUCUGGGUGAUCCCGGGGGUCCUCUGCUCCUGCUCGGUUCUGGGUGGUCCCGGGGGUUCCUCUGCUCCUGCUCGGUUCUGGGUGGUCCCGGGGGUUCUCCUGCUGGGUUCUGGGUGGUCCCGGGAUUCCCUCUGCUCAGCCUCAGCCCCGGCAGCUCCCGGGGUUCCUCUGCUCCUGCUCGGUUCUGGGUGAUCCCGGGGGUCCCUGUGCUCCUGCUCGGUUCUGGGUGGUCCCGUGGGUUCUCCUGCUGGGUUCUGGGUGGUCUUGGGGGUUCCUCUGCUCCUGCUCGGUUCUGGGUGGUCCUAAAGGUUCUCCUGCUGGGUUCUGGGUGGUCUUGGGGGUUCUCCUGCUGGGUUCUGGGUGGUCUUGGGGGUUCCUCUGCUCCUGCUCGGUUCUGGGUGGUCCUAAAGGUUCUCCUGCUGGGUUCUGGGUGGUCUUGGGGGUUCCUCUGCUCUGGCUCAGCCCCGGCAGCUCCCGGGGGUCCCCUCGCUCCCGCUGGGGUGGCCGCGGGCCGGCAGCCGCGUCCUACGGGGGGAGCAGGGGGUGAGCCGAGGUCGGUUCCCCACCCGGGGCGGGGGGCACACUCACAUAACGCCCACCACGAGGGUCCCCGGCAGCCCUUAUGCAGCACCCCAGGCCCCUCCUCAGAGGCCCCCCGAGACCGGACCCCCAUCGAACCCCUCGGGCAAGCCCGGGCACCCCCAGUAUCCUUCCCGCAGGGAUGGGCGCCCCUAAACACCCCCCGCCCCGGCGGGACAGCCCUCCAAGGGACGUUUUGUGUGCCACAGCCGGGAUCCCCUGCCUGUGCCUCCCUUCUCCGGGGCGCCCCGUGCUCCAGAACCGCCCAUGUCCCCCCCGGAACCCCCGGUCCCCCCUCGGGGUCCCGGACCCACCUCCGCCGCUACCGGAGCAGGAAGGCGGGAUGGCCACGCCCCCUCCUCCGCCCUGUGCGAUGA